GUUCCUGCUCUUUCCACAGACCUCUGGGAACCCUGACCCGGAUCGUCCCGUGUGACGACACACACACCUUCUCGAAACACCCCCACUGAACCCCAACAUGGUACAGCUGGAGCCCUGGGCUAUUUUAGGGAGUGCUCGAGGAAUCCCAGACGCCAGACCGAAGCGCACGGCUCAGUGAAGACCACGGACAGGCAUGGAGUUUGUGGAAGUGUUCGACGCUCCGGGGAAAGGCAGGGGCCUUCGGGCCACCAAAGAGGUCUGGGCUGGAGACGUUCUGUUCUCUGAAGCCCCGCUGGCGUCUGUGGUGUUGGACAGUCUGGUGUCCAGUGUGUGUCACUGGUGUUUCCGGCGGCAGGAGAAGCUCCAGCGCUGCGGUCAGUGCCGCUUCGCUCAAUACUGCGACCGGACGUGUCAGCGCGCCGCGUGGGAAGAGCACAAGCUCGAGUGCGCCGGCAUCAAGAGCUACGGGAAAGCACCCAAUGAAAACAUCCGUCUCGCGGCUCGCAUCAUGUGGCGUGUCGAUAAGCAGGGAAUGGUGGUCUCGGACAUGCAGAUGACGACCCUGGAUGAACUGGAAAACCACAUCUGUGACAUGAACGAGGACGACCUGAAGGAUUUCAAGGUGGACAUCCACAACUUCCUGGACUUCUGGCCUCGCGGGAGCAAACAGCACACGGUGGACAGCAUCUCACACAUCCUCGGAGUGAUCAACUGUAACGGGUUCAUGGUGAGCGAUCAGAGAGGUUUGCAGGCGGUUGGCGUCGGCUUGUUUCCUAACUUGUGUCUGGUGAACCACGACUGCUGGCCCAACUGCACCGUCAUACUCAACAACGGCAAUCAGUCGGCUGUCGAUACUAUGUAUCAUUCUCAGAAGAGAAUCGAGCUGCGAGCGCUGGGGAAGAUCAGUCCUGGGGAAGAGGUGACCGUGUCGUAUGUGGACUAUCUCAACCUGUCUGAAGAUCGCAGGCGUUUGCUGAAGCAACAGUAUUACUUCGACUGCACCUGCGAACACUGCACCAACCACACCGGAGACGACCUGAAGAUGGCCGGAGCCGAGCCGGAGGGACAGAAGGUUCCAGAAGAAACGGUGAAAGAAAUCACGGAAUACAGCCGGAAGAUGCUGGAGAAGAUGGAGAAGGCCCGGUUAGACACGAACUACAACGAGGUGGUGAAGAUCUGCCGUGAGUGUGUGAAGAAGCAGGAGAACGUGCUGGCCGACACACACAUCUAUCAGCUGCGCAUGUGGAGCACGCUCAGCGAAGUGCUUUCAUACCUGCAGUUCUUCGACGAGGCGUCUACGUAUGCGCGCAAGAUGGUGGAGGGAUACCUAAAACUGUACCAUCCCAACAACGCUCAGCUGGGAAUGGCCACGAUGCGGGCCGGCGUGACGCACUGGCAGGCGGGACUGAUCGAGGUCGGCCACGGCAUGAUCUGCAAAGCCUACGCCAUCCUGCUGAUCACACACGGCCCGACGCACCCCAUCACCAAAGACCUGGAGGCCAUGCGCAUCCAGACGGAGAUGGAGCUGCGCAUGUUCAAGCAGAACGAGUACGUGUAUCACUCCAUGCGUGAGGCGGCGCUGCAGAACCAGCCCAUGAAGAUGAUGGCCGAGCCCGCGGCCGCCGAGAGCAUCAAGAACCUGUUCCGCAGGAAGUGACAUCACAACCCACUGAGACACACACACGCUCGGGUCACGUUACGCAUUCAGCAGAUUCUUACAAAAACCAAAGCAUCAAAGA